CUAUGCCUGAAGAGUCAUCCCAGCUCAGGCACGCUGGAAGAUAACAUACCCAAUGGAUCCAGAGAGGUACAGCCCGCGGUGGCAGUAAGGAUAAGCAAGUGGGGAUUCGGAGGAGUACCCUCUGAUAUGAGCUACAUCAUGGAUCCAUUGUCCAGGGACUGUAACAAAAGCUCAUUGAAGGGUAGCAGUGCUCCCUUCUCCCCAGACACAGAUGGGGACGUUGACGGAGAUCCUGUGCAGCCCAGUGUGGAGGACCUGGAACUCGCUCGUAAGAAGAAGGAGCUGGAGGUCAUAGAGGAGAAGAAGCUCGCAAGAAAGCUGUUCUUGCUACACGAGAGCUUGAACACGGAGCUAAGGACACGCCUAAAAAACAGACUGCAUCCACAACAGUGAAGGGCAUGUCUAAACAGACCAAUAUGGACAAUACAAUAUUCAAAACAUACAACAAUGUCGCCGACAGGUCGUCACGCGUAUGCCUACCUCUUAAACGGAGGGUGCUGGACAUUCUAAGUAAGUUCAGAAGAACACCGGUACGGUACCUACUGCGUAAGGAUACCCCUGCCGAGCUGAAGAAACAAAACAAGAAGCGAGCAUUGGAGCUGAUGAUUAGAGCUCCCCUAGAAAAUGAAGAGGCCCGUCCUCUGAGACUGAGGGUUUUAAUGAACCAGCGACGCUAUCCCGACAAUGAGGAGGUGGUCCCUGAUGAUGAACCGCAUAAUCCAACCAUUCAGAGGCCACUUAAUUCACUCAGGACACAGGAGCAAGAUAAAGCAGCCACAGGCUUCCAGCGCUUCCUCAAUGUCCUCAAUGAAGGGGUUGACCUCAACAAGCUCUCAAAGAUUGUCAACGACGAAAAUGGGUUACUCAUUGUGGGCGAAGAGCUACCACAAGUUUGGCCGACUCUGCCCGAGGGUCAUGUUGACUCCAGCAGUAGAUCCAAGUCUUCUCUAGUUGAGGAGAAGACGAAGGUGAGGCUUGAGGAUGAGCAGCGGCACGAGCAGAUGCAGACCCUGCUGGAGAUGGUUGGGCUGGACUUGGGGGUUGAGGAGUUGGGUCAGCUGACAGACAGGACCAAUGACAGGCUGUAUGGGAAGAUGGGAGACUUGAAAAGGAAGGAGUUCGAGAAUGAGAAGGGGAAAAGAGAAAAAGGAAAGCGAGCCUUCAUUUAAACAUCUCAGUACUUCCUCAUUACCAUCAGACAGCACCAGCCCCCUUCUAAACCAGCACUCAAACAUGACCGUUGAAUACAGCAGCUCUAGUAACAGGGUAUGGGACAUAGAGAGACACCGGGACAGAUCUGAGAGGGACUGCCACCGACACUCUGGUACCAGAGACAAGGAAAGAGGGAGGGAGGAGGAUAUAGUCAGAGAAAUGGACAGAUCUGAAAGAGAGGGAGAUGGGCACAGACACUCUAGUACCGGAGAGAGAGACAAGGACAUACCGGUAGUCAGAGAAACUAAGAGAUCAGAAAGAAAUGGAGAGAAAGACAGUGACAGAUCUGAGAGAGUCAGAGACCCAGAGAGAGGCUGGGACGGAGGCCGAGCGAGAGGCUGGGACGGAGGCCGAGCGAGAGAGACAGAUCUGACAGACACAGGGACAGAUCUGACAGACACGGGGACAGAUCUGACAGACACGGGGACAGAUCUGAGAGGCACAGAGACUCUGAGAUCGACGGGGACGGAGGCCGAGAGAGAAACAGCGACGGAUCUGAGAGAGAACGGGUCAGAUACAGAUCUGAGAGGCACAGGGACAGAGCGAGGUGCCUGCAAAGGGACAGGGACAAACAUUCUAGGACCAGAGACUGGGACAGUGAGAGCGACUGGAACAGCCUCUCUAUUACUAGAGACUGGGACAUGGAGAGAUCUGAGAGGGAUUGGAAUGGGGAUGAGUCCAGGGAAAGCUCCAUUGAGCUCUACUCAUACUCCAUGGACCCUAUAUACCCUGUUUCUCAUGCAUCUAUGAUGGCAUCCUGCUCCCCCACCCAGUACUCUCAGUAUAUGGCAUACCACAGCAGCCCCUACACCAUUGCCUUCCCUCCAGGGUGGGGUUAUCCUCAUGGUACUAUGCCCCCUGGUACCAUGCUUCCUGUUACAAUGCCACCUGGAAUCAUGCCUGCUGGUGCCAUUUCGCCUGGUAAUAAGCCCCUCCUACCUAACCCCCCUGGGGAUCCACCCUACCCCAGCGCCCCCCCAUAUUACUCUAAUGGAACCACAGCCUUAAACCAGACAUACGUAUACUCCCAGCCUGCUAGCAACCUCCAGCUCACAUCUGCCCAGCCUGCUACUAGCAACCUCCAGCUCAUAUCUACCCAGCCUGCUACUAGCAACCUCCAGCUCUCAUCUACCCAGGCUGCCAACACUGCAGCAGUCUUGCCUCUCCUAUGUAACCCCCCCCCCCAUUUGUCACAAGAAACAUGCUCCCUGGUAUACAGAAAAAAAAAACAUGCCCUGAAGCAAGUUUGUAGACAAAUGGAACGGAAAUGGCGCUCCACCAAAUUGGAAGUCUUCCGACUAGCUUGGAAAGACCGUAAAGCCCAAUAUCGAAAAGCCCUCACUGCUGCUCGAUCAGCCUACUUUUCCAACCAGACUGAGGUGGAUAAAAACAAUCGAAAAUGUAUUUUUGAUACUGUCGAAAAGAUAACUAAAAAGCAGCAUUCCCCAUGUGAGGAUGGCCUUCACUUCACCUAAGCAGUUACAUCCUGCCUGGUUAGCCCUGUCUGGGGGUAUCAUCGGACUGGGCCACAUUUGACAUUUACUGAUGGAAAAAAGGCUUUCAAAAGUAAAUUCAUUUGAUUGAUUGACCUUAAGUCAGAGAUACAACAUACAUCCAACCUGCUAGCAACCACCAUCUCACAUAUACCCAGCCCGCUAGCAACCACAAGGAAAAGAGACAGAAGCAUGCAGAAGCCGUAGUGAAAGUGAAAAGAAUAAACAUGGAAUGGAAGAGACAGAAACAUGUGAAAGUGUCUUGUCAGAUGGUGACAAAGUCCCCCUCUGAACCGGGAUGAAUGAAGAGAGCAAAGGGGGUAAACAAUAUAUUCCUCCCAGGUAUUUUCAUUUAGAGUUAUCACAAUCAUCUAAGGAAGCGUCUGUGUAAGAGGAAACGGCUUUUGAAGAGGAGGAAUAAGGCUCCCCAGCACAAAAUAAAGUGACUGCUUGCAGAAGCAUCAGGGAAAGUGACCCCUCAGGUCACUGCAACGGAUUUCCCCUUUGAAGAGGAGCCCAAGAUCCAGAAGGAGUAGCAAUGAUAGAUGGGGAGAAACUAAAUGCUGACACAGAAGAAGUGGUUCUUCAGGAAGCUAGAUUUGUCAUGACACUAGCAAAAGGAUUUGUUAUAGUUUAACCUCAUCCUUCAAAGCUUCAUGUUGAAGCUAUUUUCAGUGUAAUGUUUUGCAUUGUGUGUGGUAUGGGUAGGGCCAGGAGUUUUUCUUGACUAUGAUAUCUGCUCAGCAAACGCAUUUUCUUGCCCGUUAUAAACCAAAUCUUAAGGCCGUGGAGUUUACUUGGUCUGGUCAUGUGGUCAGGAAAAACUCCUGGCCCUGGGUAUAGUACAUGUGUAUCAAUGCAAUGAAAUGUUUGUAAGUUCUCAUGCCUGAAAGCUAAAAGCAAGAAAACUGCCCAGGUUUCACUCCCCAGUUCAGUCUAUAGAUCGUCUUUCACUUUGUAUAUAUUUAAAUUAAUAAAAUAUUUUG